AUGCCCGAAUCAGCCGCAUCCAAAUUUCACGGAGAACAGAAUGCCGUCCCUGUGGCCCCUAACGUCCCUGUCGACCCGUCUGUCAAUACAUGGUCACGCUUCAUCAGUACGUUCGAGGCGUCUGAGUUCACUGACUGGGUUGAUGAGAGCCUGUCGUGGAAAAAGACCUGUUAUAUUGGCGACUGGUCCCCCCUCCUCAAGAUGAGAGUUCGGGGUCCGGACAGCAAGGCGUUUUUUGAGUAUCUCUCCACGAACCACUGGCCCAACUUCCAGCCAAACCAAGCCAAGCAUGCCAUCUUUUGCCGAGACAAUGGAACGAUCAUUGGUGAAGGAGUUCUCAUGAUGCUCGAUCACGAUGACUUCAUUUUUACUUCCGUUCCCGGAGUCACCUGGGCGGUGUAUCAGUUUCACCACGGAAAUCGAAAGUUCAAUGCCACGGUCGAUAUCGUCUCUAACGAUUGGUAUCUUUUCCAGGUUCAGGGCCCCAGCAGUGUACCAGUGAUGGAGGCGGCAACUAAAUCAUCGAUCACUGACCUCAAAUUCAUGCAUUCCAAGAAGAUGUCCAUCGAUGGGCAUAGCUUUCUAUGCCUUCGGGCGGGCGUAUCCGGCGAACGAGGCUUCGAACUCUGGGGUCCAGCUGAAGAAGCGCACGCUGUCUAUCGUGCCAUCUUGUCGUAUGGGACUGAGUUCGGUAUUCGUCAACUCGGCUACCGUGCCAAGACAGUGAAUCACGUGGAAGGGGCGUUUCCUACUCCAUGGCUCGAUUUCCUCCCUUCGUUCCAUGGAGAUGGCCUCGAUAUGGUUGAAUACCGCCAGUUUCUUCGAACCUCGGGUUUAGUCUCUCCGGCCGUGCUUCAUAUCGGAGUUUCUGGUAAUUAUAGCUCUCAUCCAUCCGCGCAUCAUCGUACGCCAUUUGACCUUGGAUGGGGGUGGCUUGUUAACUUUGAACAUGAUUUUAUCGGCAAAAAAACCCUGAAGAAAAUAGCCAGCGACCCUCCAAAUGCCCUCGCUACCUUGGAAUGGAACAGCAAGGAUGUGACAGAUGUGUACGCAUCUCUCUUCUGCAACGAGACGCAGGACUUUAUGGAAAUGCCACGAGAGUGGGGAGGCGUGACAGGAAGUGGUGUCUAUGAUGAUGACAGACUUAUUGGCUGUGCCGUCUCGCGCUGCUACAGCUACUGGUUCAAGAAGAUGAUCUCUCUCUGUAUCAUGGAGGUGAAGUACUCAACACCCGGAACAGAAGUUAUGGUCAAAUGGGGGAACGAAGGGAGUCCACAAAAGAUGAUUCGCGCUGUAGUCAAGCCUGCGCCAUAUAAAGAUGACCAGCGAAAGAAGCCACUUGUGGAAUAG